CCCGUGCGCGUGGGUGUGUCCGUGGAAUCUGAGGAGAAAGAUGGCUGCGGGACGAAGGGAGAGGUUGACAAAUCUGAGAUUCGCCGUUUCAGGAUAGACAGGUUGCGGCUGAGGACAAAGCGGAAAACAGCACUCGCUUACGUGUGUGUGGAGGAGUCUAUGUAUCGGUAUGGAGUAUAGUGCCGACAGCAAACUGGAUGACAGGGAGUGCAAACAAGCCUCACAUGCUCACACACUGAUCACUGGCGUACAGUGACUGUUGCUGCAGACAUCAACAGGAUUCCAUCCUUUCUAUGAUUUUACCUCGUAUUUCUUUAAGCUGGACUCUUUACUUCUUGAUUUUUGGACGCCUUUUGUAAGCCGCCUUACCCCCCCCUUCCCCUUUUCCCUUUUCUCUCCCUCUCCACACUUCUCCUCCCUCUCUUCCCCCUUUUACUUUCCCUGUUGACCUUUUGAUCAAAUUUGGAUCAAAGAUGAGUUGGCUGAGUCGUUUAAAUCCAAGAGGUCCAGGCACUCGGACCGGUCGACAUGCAGCCCCAUCCAGCCCAUGCACUGCCGACCCCGAGACUUGUCUUAUGGUGUUUGAAAACCACUGGAGACAGGUGUCAGGGGUGUUGAAACAGAGGGAGUCUUCAGUGGGCGGUUAUGCCGAUGAUCUCACUGCAGUUCGCAAUCACACAGAUCAGAUGCUGUGCCUGCUUGCUGAAGAGAGACCAGCAGGUGGAGACAUUGAAUCACCAGCAAAGGGUCCUAUUCUGGAGAUGGUGGUGGCAGAAAACAUUCUGGAUGAAUUGGUACAGUGGCAUGUGCGCCGUGGUAUGGAUGCAGACAGCCAGCUGGAGCUGUUGAAAUUGUUUGAGAUGCUAAUCGGACAGUCACAUCAGCCCCUGCUCCUCCACAGUGCAGUGCUGCAACCGCUGCUAAUCCUGCUGGGAGCAUGUGUGGAUCCCCAGCUGGGCUGCCCUCCUGCCCUAGAGUCCAGCCUCGUAUUGCUGCUAAAUCAGGUAUGUGUGUGCAUGGCGAAGGAAACUGCAGUUUUGGAGUUGAUAUUUAGGUGUGGACCGGUACAGCAGGGACCCACUAACCUGCUGAUCUUCUCCUUGUUGGUGCCGUUUAUUCAUCGAGAUGGCUCUCUGGGGCAGCAGGCCCGUGACGCACUGCUGCUCGUCAUGGCAACCUCUGCCAGCAACCACGCUGUUGCACGUCACAUCGCAGAGAACUCCUACUUUUGCCCAGUGCUAGCGACAGGGCUGAGUGCAUUGUAUUCAUCCCUGCCACGGAAGAUUGAGGUACGGGGCGAUGACUGGCACGCCCUGCGGAGGGAGGACUGGAUAGGCGUCUCCUCUCUAGUGCUUUUCAUGAACAGUCUUGAAUUCUGCAACGCUGUAGUACAGGUGGCACACCCUCUUGUGCGCUGCCAACUCCUUGACUACCUCCACAACGGCUUCCUGGUUCCAGUCAUGGGCCCCGCUCUGCACAAGUCGUCAGUGGAUGAGAUGAUAGCAAGCACGGCAUACCUGGAGUUGUUUUUACGCAGUAUCACAGAAACUUCCCUCCUUAAAACCUUCCUGCGCUUCGUUCUGUUGCAUCGCCAUGACAACGACACCAUCCUUGAUACACUACUCACACGCAUCAGCAGCAAUUCACGGCUGUGCAUGGUCUCUCUGAGUCUGUUCAAGACAUUGCUCAGUCUCAACUGUGAAGACCUCAUGCUCCAGCUUGUUCUCAGGUAUCUGUUGCCAUGCACACAUGUAAUGCUGAGUCAGCGAAGGGCAGUCAGAGAAACAGACCUCUAUGGCAAAUCAGCUGACAAGUUCCUUUCCCUCAUACCAGAAUGCUGCCGAAUCACUGCAGCACCCUCUAGUGAGCGGGAUGAUGAACCUGCCUUUUGGGGAAAGGUGUUAGGUAGUCCCACUGCAGAGUCACCGGUUCACCCCAGACCCAACACUCCGUCCCGCCUCGCUCUCUUUAUUCGACAGCAAAGCUCUGGAGGCCAAGCCAACCCCCCCUCGUCUGGUUCGGAGAACGCCCCCUCUUCUCCUCGCGGUAGCGUUUCCUCCCCUCUGUCUCCUGACAGCCCCAUGCACCAACUCCCAGACACUUCAGAAGGAGAGACUGGCUACCUGGAGUAUCUGCGCGAUGCUCGGAAGGGAAUUGAACUCUGCUCCUGGGCCUGUCGAGACUGGUCAGCCCCUUACGAUGGAGAAAAUCCCUCUCCAAACUCUGCUCCUCCUCCACCUCCUCCUCCUACAUCCAACCCCUCCCUCAGUAUGGUACAAGAGCAUUUCUCCAUAAUGGACCCUGCUCAGCAGAGGGCGGCAGUGGUGGCUGCAGCACGUGCCGAGUGGAGCAGUUCAGAUCGGGAUAGUGGAGAGUGGGAUGUUACCAUCAGCAAGAACUGUAUCAGUCUCACACCCCGCAGUAAAAAACGCAGCCUUCUUCCCAGCUCCAUACCUCUACAAUCUUCAUCUUCUGCAUCCGUCUCUACAGAAAUAACAGGUGCUUUGGAAACCGUAUCCCAAUCUGCACCUCAUCCAGCGCUCUAUAAUGGGAUGGGGCAGGUUGAGCUCACAGAUAGUGUGGAUGAGAGAAUGGAGGUUAAGAAAGUGAAAAGGGACUCUGAUGUAAAUAACAGCGUGGUGGAGUCAGGGAUGAACGGGUCAGUGGGUCCAGUCGACUACAAUGAUUUCCACGUAGGAUCGGCAAUGAAAUCAUCUCAGGUGCAGGUGAAGCCACAUCUGCAACAUCAAACCUCCGUGCCCUCUUCUACCCAAGAGUGUCUACAAAGUGAGAGUCAGAGAUUGUCUCCUGUUCCUGCCUUGACCGAGACUUCCACAGUUCGGGGUCCGGAGUCCGUUGAGCGUCUGAUUGAGGAGCUGCUGGAGCGGGCGCCAUCGGAGCCAUUGUCUGGAGACACAAAGUGCCAGGGAAUCAGCAUUGAGGCUUUUCACCAAGAGCUGAGGGAGCUGGAGGAACGUGUAAGAGAGAGGAGGGUUCUUUCACGCAGCUCGGAGGAGUCCUCUCGGGAGAUUCGCACUGCUCCUGCUCCUGCUCCCAGCCUGACGGAUGAGGAAUGUCUUCCAGUGGAGACUGAGCAGCGCUCCAGUGAAACGAAGCCUGACAGCUCUGCCGCUGGGGUAUUUAGCCCCGCACGACCCCUCGGACAACCUCUAGCUCAACCGUACACAGGUCCAUUUAUAACAGUCCUGUUCAGUAAACUGGAGAGUAUGAUGCAGAACUCCCUAUAUGUGAACAUUUUGCUGACGGGUGUUGUGUUCCAGCUGGCCUGUUACCCUCAGCCUCUCCUUCGCUCUUUCCUCCUCAACGCCAACAUGGUGUUUCAGCCCAGUGUUAAAUCACUCAUACAGGUGCUGGGAUCAGUAAAAAACCGAAUUGAAGCAUUUGCAGCAGCACACGAGGAUUUUCCUGCCAUGUUAAGAAAGGCUCGCCGCUUUCUAGUUGCAAGAGGAAAGUUAGACUGGUCUGACUCACCCAUGGGAGUGCCCAGCCUCCGGCGAUCAGACUCAUUAAUUAAAAGCCGAAAACCAUCUCUGGGCGAUCUCAUCCUGAGGCACACCAACAGUCCUACGAGAGCUCGCCAUGCAGCUCAGUUGGCUUUUGCCCACGUGAGAGACGGAGGGCAAUCUCUGCACAGUGCUUUGUUUCGGGGUGGUGCAGCCGGUGGGGCCUCUGGCCUGGAAAAGCAGGCAGAGGCACUAAGGGUGAAAAACGCAGUCUACUGUGCUGUUAUUUUCUCAGAGUUUCUCAAAGAGCUAGCAGCUCUCACACAGGAGCAUGCCGUAGCCCUGCCCUUCCCACCUAGUCAAGGCACCGAGGAAUAACACCAGGCCAAAAGUUUCUUCUAAACUUGCUUUAUCCACUGUUCCUGGCACUGAGCUGUAGACUAUUACAUCCCUGAGUUUUUUUUCAAGCAAAUACAGUCUUUUCAAGGGAAAAAUAAUGCACUCAAUAGACAGGAGAAAUCAGUUGAUCAUAAAGAUAAAGAGAGGUCAUCUCUUGUUAAUAAACUCAUGUUCAUAAUGUAAUUUUUUUUUUUUAAUUGUACAGGACCACUUAUCCAUUAAGCUUUAGGAAAUUGUGCAUAUAAAUCUUGUAUAUAGUCUAUAUAAAAUAUCUAUGUGUAUAAUGAUUUUUGUACACUCAGAGAGACUUGCAUCCUUUAAGCUGGAGGAAUUUGGCCGUAAACUUGCACUCCCAAUGUUUCUAAGUCAGAGACUAGCUAAAGUAGACUCACUACACACUUCUUUUAAACUUUUAUGGGUGCGCAAGUGCCAUUUACAUUUUUAGUCAAACGGUUAUUUUGUCUUUUAUAGAAAUAUAAGUCUGUGAGAUCACACCAGGAUAUAUCGGAAAUAAUCAUCUGGCCCUUUUUUUUUUUAAAGACGAGAUGUUAGAUACUGUUUACCAAUCACGUUGGGCAAUAAAUCCUCGGUAUCGCAGCAGGAUUUGCCCCUUAACUGAGAUAUCUCUGGAAAAAAAAAUAAGACCAAUUCUGCCAAUCUCUAGCACACUCUUUUUGUCCAACAACUAGAGUGACGUUAAGAGCCCGUAAAGAGGGAAGAGGGUUCAUUUUCUUAACCUCCGUCCUGAUAAAAGCCUGACAAAUUUAGCAUAGAUGGAAAGUUUUAGUUUUCAUUCUCAUUUUAGGGUUUCUGGCCGUUUUAGGGAAAUGCAAAUGGUACAUUCAUUUAGCAUGUCAUUACAUAUCCUCUUCAGUUUUUCGGGGGGUGGGAAAGGCACUGAUUUUUCUGCCCACAAAGAUCUCCUUCUGUACUGGAUGUUAGCGUCCCUUUUGGCGUCUGACUAGGUGCUAAUGUCUUAAAAUUUAGAGUGGUAUGAGCAAAGAGAAGCUUGCCUAAUAAUGACCUGUCCCUUUAAGGAGUGAGCCAAGUUAUGUGAAUCAUAAGCCAUCUUAGUGUUGAAUCCAAGUGUUUUUUCUGUUCAUGACUUUGCUAGUGUUAUGGAGUAUGAGUGAAUUCAGGCGCCACUUUUUAAUUUGUUUAUUGCCAAAAUACUUUAGACACUUUAAUUUUCAGAAUGAAAGUUAGAACAUGCAUGUGGAUUUAUGAGAUUUGUGAGUGUUUUCAACAGCGUGCAUGUAUUUUUUUUUUAAUUUUUGUUUUUACAAUGUCAUUUUUUUGCCCCUUGCUGAUCUGAAAUCAUCCAUCCAAGACUUUUAAUCAUGCAUAAGCCAUAUGUGCAUUACCUCAGUUUUCGUUCCAUGCUUGUUUCGUUCCGUGUUUGUUCAGAAAAUCUGUUCACUCAAAUACCAUUUAGGGCAUUUUUUUUUUUUAUAUAUAUACAUUCUAGAUGCAAGAGUAGACAAUUUGAAAGACAGUUAUAUAUUUUUUCUGGUUACCUCUAGCUGCUGAAUUGUCAAUCCAUCCAUUUUCCCUUCAUUAUCUAUCCACCCAUCCACAGAAGGUCUUGUGUGGUGCAUUAGCGUGAUGGUUCUCUGCAUUUGUUAGUUGAACUCUGAAAUGUUUAGCAUGAAAAUUUCACAUUCAAGGACAAUGGUAGACCAUGUUAGUGUCAAGAAAAAUAAGUUGUGCUUUCUCUGAAACAUGCUCUAAUGUCUGUGUGGGUGAGAGAUGAAAUGGAUAAAGAGCAAGAGGUUGAAUGAUGAAACGGUACAUAUAAGUUAGUGUUCAGUUUAUCUCUAUGGAGACAGCGGUUAUUAUACUUCCGUUCAGUUUCUAAGUUAGAAAUCAAGUAGGCUUAUACAAUUUAUGUGUGUCGUAAGAUACCAAUGCACAAGAAACGCCCAUUUCUUUAUAUGCCUGAUGUCGUGCAGAUAGCAUGUUUUUCUUUUUAUACAUAAGUGUUUGAUAUGAUUUAGAAAAAUCAGGAGCUCAUUGAUUGUGUAUGCUUAUGAAAAGUGUUUGUUUGAUCAAUAUACGUUGCACAAUUUUUACGUUGAUUUGGUUUUCUCUUUUUUUUUUCCCCACUGUCCAUUUGUUUGAAACGUUGAUGUUGACAAGGACUUCUGCGGCUUGUUAUCUAUGCAAACUGGUUUCUGUGUUUCUGAGUAAGCGAAGAUGGUUAAACUUUUGGGGGCAAACACAAACUAAAUUUGCAAUCUGGAACCCCACUCUUCAAUAAUUUACUUACCCCUUAUCGAUUCAAUGAUGUACUGGACUGUAUGGAAACUUGUGCAAAAUGAUGAAUGUUAUCAAAAUAUUUUUCUAUGUGUAAAAUGAAGGAGGAAAGUGGAACUUAAUGGAGAUUUAAAUCAACGAUAAAACCUUCAAAGGCAAACACUAAAAGGGAAUGUUUUUAUUAAUUUAUAAAUGUUUUACCUGGCAAUA